AUGGAGGCUUUCCCCUGGGCGCCCCGCUCGCCCCGCCGCGGCCGCGCCCCCCCGCCCAUGGCGCUUGUGCCCAGCGCCCGCUACGUGAGCACCCAGGGCCCGGCGCACCCGCAGCCCUUCAGCUCGUGGAACGACUAUCUGGGACUCGCCACGCUCAUCACCAAGGCGGUGGACGGCGAGCGGCGCUUCGGCUGCGCCCGCGCCGGGGACGGCGGCGGAGACGGCUCCCCGCCCUCUUCUUCCUCCUCGUCGUGCUGCUCCCCCCACGCGGGGGCCGGGCCCGGGGCGCUGGGGCCCGCGCUGGGGCCGCCCGACUACGACGAGGACGACGACGACGACGACAGCGACGACCAGGGGUCCCGGAGCCGCUACCUGGGGGGCGCGCUGGAGCUGCGCGCGCUGGAGCUGUGCGCGGACCCUGCCGAGGCCGGGCUGCUGGAGGAGCGUUUCGCUGAGCUGAGCCCGUUCGCUGGUCGCGCCGCCGCUGUGCUUCUGGGCUGCGCACCCGCGGCCGCCGCGGCCACCGCCGAAGCAGCGCCGCGAGAGGAGCGGGCCCCAGCGUGGGCGGCCGAGCCCAAGCUGCACGCCGCCAACGGGGCGGCCGCCACCCGGCUGCUCAAACCCGAGCUGCAGGUGUGCGUGUUUUGCCGGAACAACAAGGAGGCGGUGGCGCUCUACACCACCCACAUCCUGAAGGGACCCGACGGGCGGGUGCUGUGCCCCGUGCUGCGCCGGUACACGUGUCCCCUGUGCGGUGCCAGCGGCGACAACGCGCACACCAUCAAGUACUGCCCGCUUUCCAAAGUGCCGCCUCCGCCUGCAGCCCGCCCGCCGCCGCGCAGCGCCCGGGACGGCCUGCCCGGCAAGAAGCUGCGCUAAGGGCCCGGAUCCUCGUCUGCUGCUGCCACCUGAUGCCACCAGGGUAGCCGCCCGCCCACUCUCGUGGUCGGUCUGCGCACCAUUUCUCCCUCGCUGCCGGGGAGUGUGGAGCUCGUCUUGGCUUUUCCAGAGGAAGCCGAUGGUACUGAGUAUUUUCCUGUCGAAGAGCGGUUGAGACUAGACGUUAAAAUCUUGUUUCCAGUUCGUGCACAUCCAGACGGUGAAGGCUGGGUAUUCCACUGAAAUGUGGCAACUUAGAGGCGCUGUGGUUUGUUUAUACGUCGACCUAUUUUAGAUGCGCAUCAGUAUGAAAUUGUCUCAAUCUAAUCUUGGAUGUUUAAUUUUAUGAGUGGAGGCACUUUACUAGGUCUAGAAUAUUUUUUUAAAAGCCUCUCAACUGAACUUAAAAUUGGCGAUUUUAUGGAGUGUCAGCAAAAUGACUAUUUUAUUGUUUGAAACAAGUAAUAUUUCUGUUGUCCUUACCCAAUUAUAAUUCCAGGUGAAGCCCUGCCUGGUAGCAGCAUUAAGUGAAGACUUGGUAUACUUUACAGUAGUUUGGGUGGGUGUUCCCUCCUUGUGGCUUGUUUUUGUCCUAGCUGGAGAUGUAUAAAAUGUACAAUUUGUAGGUAGCAGAUAGAAUACAGCUCAUGUAUGUACCAGAUCUUUUUAUUACUGAACGAGCAACUACCGUUUUCCCCCUUUAAAAAUAGUGCCGUUAUAAUCAUAUUGUGUAUACACUUGAAAAUGGUGCUGUUUAAAAAAAAUUGUGUAUUUAUACAGUAACAGUAUAUGAAUUCAUUAACCUUGCCUUUAACUCUACUACUUGGUUUUUUCUUUAUGCCCCUUCCUAUUCCAGUUCUUCAAAAAUAUGUCGUACUUAAGAUCAAAAGGGUGCAGUAUUCAUUCACUCUGAAUUGCUCGAUUUCAGGGUCUCUAAAAGGUGGAAAUCUCAUUCCAGCUGUUGCCUCUCACACUAAAUGUAAGAUGGAAUCCUUUGAGCUCUGGAAGGCUAAUGGAACAACUGGUGUUCAGGAAGGUUCCACUCUGGACCGUGUCAGCUUUAAACCAUCAUAGAAGUCCUCAAACCAGUAUAAGUAACAAUUAAAGGAACUGACUGGGGGUAGGCGGGGUAAGACAUGGAACACAGCCUCCCUCUAUUGUGUUCCCAUUCUCAUUAGAAGACAACCAUUCUGGAA